AUGCGACCCGUUCCUGGCGUGCAGGUCAACGCACGAGUCGGGGAGGCGUUUACUGUCGGGCCCGCGAGCGUACUGCCUCCUUCGUCCGAGGACGUAGGAAACGAAAAACGGCAUCCGUUAUACGUGGCGAGCAGUUUUCUUUUCGUUAGACGAACCUCCCUUCAAUCAUGCGCGCUCCUCUCACCGCCCAUCGUCUCUAAGGCGAGCUGGAAUAUACUCACGGUCGAAUCAUCGGUUGGGUGCAGCGUCAAACUUUCCUCCCACCGCCCACCUUACGACUCGGCCAACUCUGGUGUAGCGAGCGGACAGGGACAUGAGAGACAUCGAUCUACGCCCAGUCGGGAUGAAGCCAGACGGAAGUUCAAAGUGCCUCUGACGUGCAAAACCAUCGUCGAAACCGGGUGUAAGGGGCGAAAGACCAAUCGAAUGCGUUCGACCGUCGCAAUUCCAUCAGAUAAAGCGAACGAUUGGGAGCCCCGGACCGUUCACGACAUCGACCUAAUCUCUAACUCGGAACGGGUGGAACGUUCGACUAUCCCGAAUACGGAACCAUUCUUCGCUUCAGCCGCCGCCGUCGUUGCAGCAGAAACGAUUGAGAAUGCUAAGUGGGCCAAUUUUAGUAAGGAGAACUGGCGCUGUGAUAUUAACCAAACGUCCCGUUAA